AUGGAGCAAAACUCAUGCACAGAAGAUCGUAUACAGCAUGUCCUUGAACGCUGCCUCUGUGACCUUGAAUUCAACACUCCUGACAAGCAACUUUGGAACGCCGGGCUGUGCAUGAACCGCUGGUGUUUGGAGGAACUGGUGAUGAGAGAUCCCAACAACUUCCCCUUCCUCUUGCAGACAAUACUUAAGAAAACAAAAGAGGCACUUGUUCAGUGUCAUUACCAACUAGUGGUGCCUCUGACUCUUCUGUUUUCUUCAACACUUUUAAAAACUCCUUACCUCCAGCCAAAUUGUGAUGUGCUGUUGGAAGCUUACCUACUCUUUCACCGUUUCCUGUCCUGGCCAGAUCCUUACUGCACUGCCUGUCAACAUCUGCUAAAUGUCAUUUAUAAUGAACUCAGAGCUCCAGGCAUAUCAUUCCAGCGACUGGUAAAGUCAGAGCAUGGCAUUUCUGCUGCGAACCAACAAUCUAAAACUAUGAUGGUGCUUUUAGUGAGUCCAGAUGAAGAUAUUCCCCCUGAGAUCCAAUCAGUGACCAAGCAACUGAGUACAAGUCAUCAGUCCAGGCGAGACAUCAUUAUUACCCUCAUCCUGCACAGCUUCCAGGCUGCUCUGGGCACCAAAAUCCACCUGCAAAGACUCCGUGAUGCCUUGCAGACAAAACAGCCUUUUGAGCUGGAGCAGCUGCUGGAGAGAGUAACUUGCUGCAUGGAGACAGCAGCCUCCACAGCAGAUCUCAAAAGCGCCAGACAAAGUCUUCAACAGACUAUGGAGCGUCUCACUCUCAACCUUAUUCCCAUUACUGGAGAAAACUACUCAGAUACAGGGCUUGCUGAAACUUUUGCGCUACCCUUCCCCAAAUGUCACACAAGCUAUUGGGAAAAUGACAACUUUGAUUUUCUUACAAAUAUUGUCAUGAGCGACUGCUACUUGGAUUUGCCACCGGCUUGUCUGACACGAGAUGAGGAUGAUAGCAAUGACAUUAAUGUGGAAGAAGUCAUGGAGAACCAUUCUCUAUCCAUGUCGUCUUGCCUCUCUUCCUCCUUCAACUUCCCUACAUCUGCAACAUACAGCUCAUCAGGUGUGGAAAGAGAUUUCAGUGAAUUCUGUGAUGACGCAGCCAAGGGAGAAAAGGGUCAGUCGAAGUCUAGAAAGAAACCCAAAAAGAAAUCCAAAAGCCUUUUAGGCUUGGAGAACCUCUCCCUGUUUUUCAAAAGCCCGCGCAGUCUCGGGACUGAGUUUAAAAAAUCUCAUUCCAGCCAAGAUCAAAUUCGUACUGUGCCCAGCCCUCUCACCAACAAAGAUCCUCCUUCUCCCCAGAAGCAUCUUUGCAUCCGCAGACGGCCCAUUCUGAGCAUCAACGAAUCAGACGCUGCACUGGAAGAAACUUUGGUGCGAGUACUAGUGUUUGGGCGUGAUAGAGAGGCCGGGCGACUGGCGAGGGCUUACAGUGACCUGCAACAGAAAGAGGCCAAAUGUCCCCGGCUCACCAAGAUGUGCAAGCUGCAGUUUUAUUUUGUUCCCACAAAAAGAACAUUUACGGGAAAGCCAAGUGAAAGACACUCAUCAACAGACACGGGAUAUUCAACUAAAGCUGCAUCUGUGCCUUAUAGUCUUUCCCAAGAGGACAGCUCUACAGAUUUAGCACAGAUGUUGGGAGUGAUGGACCCCUGGUAUGAUCGAAGUGUCCACAGUCUGCUCAGUCUUUCUUCAGAUGUGCUUUGUCAGCCUGCAUGUAACGAAGAUAGUAUUUCAGAGAACAACAGACUGGUGGAGCAUCUUCCAUUGAUGGCUGACUUGGUUCUCUACUACUGCAGACAUGCCGCUCAACCUGUCCUAGUGCAGCUUUACCGGGCUGAGCUGAGCCUGGCUGGGGGCGGGAAGAGAAGUGAAGUGUUCAUUCAUUCCGUGGAGCUCGGACAUAAGGCUGCAACCAGAGCAGUCAAGGCCAUGGGCGCUGCAAGCAAGAGGUUCGGAAUCGAUGAAGAGAGCACGGCCGCCCCCUUAACACUAAGUGUUGCCUAUAAUAAGGUGGCCUGCAGUGGAAGGAGUCAGUGGACCCAAGCAGAAAUGCUUUGCACAUCCAUAAAUAUUCACAAAGCUUGCACAAAAGCUGGACAUUUAGAGUCCAGACCUGAAAACCUGUGGCUGUCCGUGACUGAAAUCACAAGGAAAAGCUCUAAAAGGAGCAACACCCAGAAUUUCCCAAUAUCAGAGGUGAAUGUCAACAGAGUUGAGGUAAGCAGCAGCAAAGCCGGGACGACCUUUGCUGUGUGUCUGGAUCAAGAUGAGAGAAAGUUCCUGCAAGGUGUCACGAGAGUUGAAGUGUCUUUGUGCUCUAAGCCAGGAGGCAGUUCGGACUGGAAGUCGUACAAGCCUUCACCUGGCCAAGUCCAGCCUCUGCACGCAUCUUACUGCUCCAUGCUGUGCCUUCCCUUCAUCUCUUUUUCUACCUCACACGCCUGAAGGAAAGACCACUAAAAGAUACUGAUUAGUUAACAAAGAAAAUAAGGCUGAUAUGGUUGAGGUUUAUUGAAAAUUCUGAUUUGUCAUUCUGAGUUUCAUGAUUUUCAUCAAGUAUCGUCAACAAUUUUUAAUUUUCAGCAAACCUCAAUAUUCACUCAAGAUUUAGCAGAAAGGAUUUUUAUAAGUGCUGGAUUUAAAUGCUCUCAAGCUUAUUAUGAUUGUAAUGUUUUUUAAAAAAUAUACAGUGGACAGCUAUUCAAAAGCUGACACUUAAGACCUUUAAGCGAUUAUUAUGUGAAUUUAGAAUCAUAUUUUGAGACGAUUCGACUAUAUACAACAAUUUUGCAAAGUGCAGAUGACGAGAAAUUAGUCUUUUAAUCUGCCGGUUAGCCACGCCUACCAUUAUAGGGCUCUAGCGUCCCCAACAGGUGGAUGACGUCAGCGGAGUCACGAUUUCAUCUGAAUUAGUAUGCAGCCCAUUGAGGGGGAAUUAUUCACAACGAGGAAAACGCGACGAAGAGAGCCGCAAAAUGUCAUUGUUUUAGUCUGUCUACGCCUAUAUUUUCAUAGGAUAUUCUUUUUAUCCAAGUAUUUUUCCCCAAUAGCUAAAUAAAUGGCUUGAGAAGAACCAGUCAACCUGUUGAGGUGGAAUUAUUCAGAACGAGGAA